UCGGGGGUCCCUCCCCUUUCGGACGCUUCGGGAGCUCAGACGUCAGGCGCACGCAUCUGGUUCAGCUUCUCCCGCCCUUAAACAGCAAAACCGAGAAUCGAAACUGCGCUGGAUACCAUGCAGCAGGAGGCUGCACCCGCCCGAUCUCCGGCCCAGCAGGACCCCGGACUUCCCCACGACCCCACCAUGCCUCCCCCGGAGUCCCUCUCCGAAGGCCACGAGCCCAGCCACAGCCCCACAGAGCAAGCCAUGGAGGAAGAGUUCCAGUUCUUGCACUGCCAGGGCUGCCAGGCAGAAGCCAAGUGCCCCAAGCUGCUUCCUUGUCUGCACACGCUGUGUUCAGGAUGCCUGGAGGAGCCAGGCAUGCAGUGCCCCAUCUGCCAGGCGCCCUGGCCCCCAGGCCCUGAUGUGCAGGCCUUGGACAACGUCUUCUUCGAAAGCUUGCAGCGGCGCCUGUUGGUGUACCGGCAAAUCGUGGAUGCGCAGGCACUUUGCACCCGCUGCAAAGAGCCGGCCGACUACUGGUGCUUUGAGUGCGAGCAGCUCCUCUGCGCCAAGUGCAUCGAGGCACACCAGUGGUUCCUCAAGCACGAGGCCCGGCCACUGGCGGAACUCCGCAGCCAGUCGGCGCGGGAGUUUCUGGAUGGCACGCGCAAGUCCAACAACAUCUUCUGUUCCAACCCUAACCACCGCAACCCUACGCUGACCAGCAUCUACUGCCGAGGCUGCUCCAAGCCGCUGUGCUGCUCGUGCGCGCUCCUGGAUAGGGGCCACAGCGAGCUCAAGUGCGACAUCAGGACGGAGAUCCAGCAGCGGCAGGAGGAGCUGGACGUCAUGACCCAGGACCUGAAGGAGCAGGACCGCACCUUUGGUGCGGCGCAGGCGCAAAUGAGCUCGGCCAUCAGCCAGCUGGGCCGCGUGCGCGCGGACAUCGAGGAGCUGAUCCGCGCGCGCGUGCGCCAGGUGGUGGAGCACGUGCUGGAGCUGGAGCGCCAACUGCUGGAGGGGGUGAAUGCACGGUACCAGCGCGAUUACGAAGAGAUAGCAGGCCAACUGGGCCGCCUGGAUGCUGUGCUGCAGCGCAUCCGUACAGGCAGCAUGCUUGUGCAGAGAAUGAAGCUCUAUGCUUCCGACCAGGAGGUGCUGGACAUGCACAGCUUCCUGCGCAAAGCACUCCACCAGCUGCGCCAGGAGGAGCCCCAGAGCCUGCGAGCUGCCGUGCGCACAGACAGCUUUGACGAAUUCAAGGUGCGCCUGCAGGAUCUCGUCUCUCGUAUCACCCAGGGCACAGAUGCAGCUGUUUCCAGGAGAGCCAGCCCAGAAGCUGCCCACACUCCCAGAGACACUUUUGACGUUGACCUGCCAGAGGAGGUGCAGAGGGCCCACGUGCAGGCCCCAGGAUUGGCUGUGGUACAGCCGGUGCCAGGGGCACACCCUGUGCCAGUGUACGCCUACUCCAUCAAAGACCCCUCCUGCAGAGAGGAGGUCUCCAACACAGCCACACCACAGAAGAGGAAGUCCUGCCAGACCGAGUGCCCCAGGAAGGUCAUCAAGAUGGAGUCUGAGGAGGAGAAAGAGUCAAGGUUGGCUCGGAGCUCCCCCGAGCAGCCCAGGCCCAGCACCUCCAAGGCAGUCUCGCCACCCCAUCUGGACAGGUCCCCCAGCCCCAAGAUCCCUGUCAUAGGAAAUGAGACCUUCCUGCCCGACAGCAACCAUGCGACGAGCGACCCUGGGGAGGCAGAGGAGCGCGUCGUGGUGAUCAGCAGCUCGGAAGACUCAGAUGCCGAAAACUCGCGUGUGGAGCCCACGGAGACCGUCGCACCUCCCUCCUCGCCAGCCCAGCCCCCGCCGAGAGCUCGCCGAGCAUCCCACCCCUGCUGGGCCUCUCGUCUGCCCCGUGGCAUAUGCCGACCCCCGGCUUGGCCUCCCCACCAUCCCGCCGAGCAAGCUGCCGUCCCUGAUGCCGAGUGUCCCGGACAGCCUGCCGCUCACCAGGAGCAAGCUGCCGUCCACCGAGGGAUCAACUUCCUAUCACGCAGAGCACAAAGAAACCCGCGCCUUCGCCACAUCUUACGCCUGCCCCUCAGAGUGUAUUGUGCCCCCAUGUGGACUUGUUCUCCCUCCCAAGGGCCGGUCCAGGCCACCACCCCGGCCACCACCGGGGCUCCCAGCCAACCUGCCAGUCCCCAAGAGUGUCCCGCCCGCCUCAAAAGGGCCGACGGUCAACCCCGCCGGGCGGGACAAGCAGCUCGAUCCCGUGUCCGCUCCCUCCGGGGCUCCCCGCGUGUGGCCCAGUGGCUCAACAACUUCUUUGCCCUUCCUCUCUCCUCUGUGGCUCCCCAGCUUGAUGCCUCUCUCAGGGCGGGGCUCGGGGGAGGCAGAGCACCCCAGCCUCUUGGAGCAGGAGUCUCCCCUGGGGACUCUGGCAGAGCCCCCGUGGAGAAUCCCCGAGUCCAGGUCCCACUGGAAGUCCCUCCAAAUGCAUUCCCACCACCCCACCCUCCAGAGAGGCCUCCCACCAGCACGGGCCCCCCGCAGACAAGCCUCUGAGAGCCCCAAGUGCCUCCCUCCUCUGCAGCCCUGACCCUGGUCACCUUCCUCUUGUAACCUUGUGGCCAAUACACCCCCUCUGCUCCCCAAGCCCCCUCCACCCUGCUACCCAGCCCGGCCCACGCACCUAAAGGCCCUACACACAGUAGGCAUCCAAUACAUCAUCAGAGAGUGAAGAAGGGAGUGAAUGGCUCCAUGGACCUCUGGGCAAAGAGACAAGUCCUCCCCAGCCAGGGGGGCGUGACUGAGAUUCAGGCCCUUGUUCCUCACAUCCUCGGGCCUCUUUGCCCAAGACAAGGAAGCUUCUCUCACCCUUUGCACCUCCCACUGCCCCAUCCCCCCCACCCCAAGCCUUCCCACUGGGCCUCUGCCAGGAUGUAAGCCCACGAGGGCAGGGACUGUGUCGCUCCCAGGCCCUGGCAGGUGCGGCUGCUCAAUAAAUACUUGUUGAACGAUCACCCUUGCAAACCCUUCUUCCAUGACCAUCAGAUUCCCUGCUGGGCUUAGCUCUUCCCUGCAGGUGUUUUUUGUCUCCUCCCUGCACUGAUGCUUGGUUCACCUGUGGGGCUACUAUGUCCCUCUUUCCCCCACACCCUGGGAGCAUCAGAGGUGGGAGGUAGGGUCCAGGCCCUCUGUGCCUCCUGUUUGGGUCCCACCAUCUGGCAAGAUCACCUGUGCCUUUGAGGUUCGGGCUCUCCAGAUGAACCCCACUUGCCCCAGCUCAUCUCAGACAUCCUCCUGCCUUCCCCCACAUAGGAAGCCUGCCUCCUAGGUUUCCUGUCCCCAUGCAGGUCCAGCCUUCCUGGGUGACUUCAACAUCCACCACCCUGGUCUCUCCUCGCCUUGACCUUUCAGGGACCUUUGCCCCAUUCCCCUGCAGCCGCCAACCCCAUCCCCCAUGCCCCCUCCCCCCAGACCUCGCCAUCACUGAGAACUUUCCAUCUCUAAACUGUCCCACGCAGACUCUGACCACAGCCUCCUGCUCCUUGAGCUCUCAAUCCGUUCCUUCCAGGACCUCUGCCCUCUCCCUCCUGCCCACCAGCCAGCAAGGUCCCCCAUUCCAGCCAACCUUUCACCAGGAUCUCGGUGCCCUGCCUCCCCUACCCCCACCCCCACCCCCUGGCCUCCUGGUAGCCUGCCCUCCAAAGACAGCCCUGGAAGGAUUCGGUAGCGUUCCCCCGCUCCACGCCGCCACUAGGAGGCCAACUUGUGUUGGAGAAAAGUCAAGGCAAGGAAAGCUACAAACCAUUGUCUCCUGGGCUCCCUGGGCUCCCUGGCCUCCUGCCUCAGCAUGCCCCUCUGCUCUCCACGGCCCCUCGCUGCACCUCCACUUCCCUAGCUCUGGUCCCUCAUCCCCGCCCGCUCGCUCUUGCCAGGUGGCUGCACCUUCUGCCCUCGGAGGAUGACAGGUGGCAUGGGAGCAGCCCCCAUCUCACUCUCUGAUGACAGAUUGACCCGACCCGGUUACAUCCUUCCCCCGUUCCUUCUGUUAGGGUGGUGGGGAUGGCCACCUCCCUGUAGGACUCACUCCCCCUCUUCCUGGCCCCGCCCUCCUGUCUCCUUGGGAGCCUACUCGCCAUCCUCAUUUGUGUCUUCAGACACUUCCUAUGGGCUACAGCUAGGCACCCUGAAGAAAGUCUUUCCUAUCUCGGCAACCCCCCAGCCCGGACCUUCACCCCCUCGGUGCUCCUUCCUCACCCCGCUCCCCUGCCCUUCCCCACCAUGCCAGUGAGCCCUGCCACCAGCGCCAAGGUAACCUCCACGCCUCCGAGUCCAGUGGUCAUCUUCAGUGCUAACUCCCCAAAAGACUCUGCUUCCCUUGGGUUCAGGACACUUCCUCCUGCAGCUCUGGCUGCUCCUGCCCACUCCCCCUUCAGGUCUCUUUGUUCUUUUAACUGUUGUUCUCCGGCUUAGGUCUGGGCCUUCUUUUCUUUCUGGUCUGUGUACUCCCUCCCCCACACAUGAUCUCAGCCACACCCACGGCUUCACUAUGGGCUCCUGCCCGCCGGACCAAUAGAGCCAAUGGCGUCCUGAGGGCUCCACUCAGGUGCCCCAUAGAAGCCUCAAACUCGCCUCUCCGCCUCUCCUCCUCUUCUCUCAGUAAAUUGCACCAUCUGCCUAGUUACAGAAGCCAAGACCCCAGAGCUGCCCAGGACUCCCCCUAUGCUUUUUAUUAUUCCUCAUAGCCAAUCACUGUUGAGUCUUUCCAUGUUCUAAAUUCCUCUGAAAUCUGGACACUUCUUUCUAUCCCAUAAUCUUGAUAAAACAAGACUGACCUUGGGUAGAGACAGAAGCCUGGGAAGGAAAGAGCGAGAAAAGGAUUGGAACGCCCUUAGUUUUGCCAGACUUCAUGUGUGUCAGGUGGAGGCACUGAAACCAGCAAUAUUGGGGCGGCGGGGGGGUGGUCGUGGAUAGUCUAGUGCUCAGCUGUCAGCAAGGGGCCACUGGAUGAUAUCUGAGGUUGAUCAACUCAGCAAGGAGAAGCACAUUUUAGGUUAGGAAG